AUGGCCCCUCAGACACCAGAACCAACCACGACAAACCCUCAGACCGCCCCUCAGGCACUGCUACCAACGGGAUUGGCCCCUGCGCGAUCGGAUCUGGAUCUUGCUACUCAAUCCCCGCGAGGUCCAUCAACCUGCGUCUCCAACCCUGGGACUGAUCAAUCUCGACUUCCUUCAGACUCACCACCCACAAACAAGGAACUCUCUCCCAACGUUGGUACCACCUGCUCUCAAGACGAAGUCGUUCCAUCCCAUGAAGAUGUCCCAUCCAAUCCCGAAAGGCCCAGCGAAGCUCCUUUGUUGAUUACUGAUCCAAGCAGCUUUGAUUAUAUGAGCGGUGGUAAGAUUUGA